CGCCACUCUCCUACCACUCGGGCCUAACCAACUAAAACCCGCCACGUCAUCGUAAACUCUUAUUUCCCGUGAGUUAGGGAUCUUUACUUGUAAGGAACCAGACAUGACCGCAGAGUCACACACCAAACCUUUGAGAGUUUUUGUCGCCUCUGAUAUGGAAUCCAUUGUGGGGGCGACACAAACAAAAUAUCUUCUUUUCUUCUUGGUCUUUUAUCAUAAGAUAUUUUCUAGCUUCCCAUCUAUAUAGAAAAAAGAAGAAGAAGAAAGUUUAGAAACUUUUAGAUUUGGGUUGAGCUUGUUUGAUCUUACAAUUUUAAAUUUAGCACUAGAUUUCAGAAGGUACCAAUCUGGUUUCUUCUAGAGUUUCUAAAUUUCCUUGUUCUUGAGGUUACUUGUGGAAGAAGUAAUUAAUAGGGUUUGUUGUGAGAUUAGGAAGAAGAAGAAAGAUGGGAGGAAUGAAAGAUGAGGCGAAGAGGAUAGCAAUUCAUCCAUUGUUCCAAAGGGUUCAUCUGAAUGAUACUGGAAGAAAUGGCAAAUCAAUGUCUCUCCAUAAACGUUCCAGUCUCCCUUCUCUGACCAACAAGAUCUCUGAUUCUUCUUCUACUCUCUCUCUGUCUCUUCCUCCUCCAGCCGACAAUGCCUGUCUCACUACUGAUCAACCUGAAAAGAAUCACUUUUCACCAAUCUGCAACACUUCUCCAACAACAAACCUUGAAGAGAAGCUGAAUAAAACCGCCAUGAAUUAUCCAAGUCCCAGAGAAUCAUCAGUUACUAAUACUAAGCCAAGUUCAAUAAAACAAAAUGAGUACCAUUUCAAGAGCCUUGCCAACUUGGAUUCUCUUAAGGUUCCUGUUCUUAGACGCUCACAAACAGAUCCACAAGCAGACACAGAUUUGUCAGUACUCCAGUUUUGUAAUAGCGGAGGAGAAGCUGAUGGUUCGAAGGCUGCCCUGAACAAUCUUCAUAUUCCAGAACUCCUUUUGCCACAAUGUUUUGAAGAUGAAAGCCAGAAUGAGUCUCUUAAUGUGAUGAAAACUCAAAAGAAGCCCAAAACUGUGCCUCCGUGUGAGCAAGAUGUCUCAGACUGCUCUGAGAUUGACUCCUUGUCUGGUAUUAGUGCAUCUUCUAAUGAUGCUGCAAGAGUGAUUGGUGAUAAGAGGUUUUGGAAGAUGAGAACUUACAUGAUCAAUCAGCAGAAGAUCUUUGAGGCUCAAGUGUUUGAGUUGCAUAGACUGAUAAUGGUUCAAAAGAUGGUUGCAAGAUCACCAAACUUGGUCCUCAAAAGUAGGUUUAAUGGUGAUACAAUGAGGUUAUCCCAUUCCCAUCUGCCGGAAAUGGCUGCUUCAAAGGUUAAAAAAACAAUCACCAAGAAGCACAAACCUGUAACUGAAGAAUAUCCAGAUCAUAUGAAACCAAAGGUUCCUCUACCUUCAAUAAACAAAGACCUCAUGACCCCAAUGUGGCCACAGCAGCUAGUUCCUCCUCCUGGAAACCAAUGGUUAGUUCCUGUAAUGACUCCUUCAGAAGGUUUGGUCUAUAAACCAUACGCAGGACCAUCUCCUCCUCCUUCUUCAGCUUUCAUGGUUCCAUUUUAUGGACAAGAUUCGCUCAACCCAACACUAGGUUUCCCUGUUUCUACUCAACUUAGCCACAACUACUUCCCACAGCCCAAUGCUAGGACAAGCCUUGACCAAACAAACCCAUUUGGUCAGCUUCAAAGAUGGUCCAACACAUCAAGCCACAUGACUCAAGCUGUUCCAUUUUCCUUAAAGAAGUCUCAGGAGUCUAAUGACAGUGAUGUACAUGGAAGUACAGCUUCAAGUCCACCAGAGAAGCAUAAAUCAGAUGUGCUUCCUCUUUUCCCUACAGAGCCUACUCAUCACACUGAUGAGUACGAGCAGAAACAGAAACCGAUGCGCCGUGCCAUUAGAGCCAUUCCUCAUAAUUCAACAUCUGCCUCUGAAUCUGCUGCAAGAAUCUUCCGUUCCAUUCAGGAAGGACUCAGAUCAUAUGAUUAGUUAGUUUUGUUUUACAUUCCACAUUCUUUUGCUCAAUAUCAUCUAGUUUAGAUUACUCUUCAUAUGAAGAUGUAAAUCAGUACUGUCACUAUAUACAUAAGACAUACACACACAUGUUAUAUUGAUAUUGUAUUUGACAUACAGCAAAUAAAAGAUAGAUUGUUUUUGUUCCGUUAAA